AUGCCGACCGUAAACGUAGAUAAAAAUGAACUUUACCAAGCUCUUGGAAAACAUUAUACCACGGAUGAGUUUCGUGAAGUAUGCUUUGAAUUUGGAAUUGAACUUGAAGAAGACACAUCCGAAAAAGAAAUGGCUAGUAAAGAAGUUGGAGUAGCCAAAGCCGAGGGAUUAUCGGAACGACCAAUUUUAAAGAUCGAUAUCCCUUCUAAUAGAUAUGAUCUUCUUUGUCAUGAAGGCAUUUCGCGUGCCUUACUAAUUUUUCAAGAAAAAGCAAAUUCUCCGUCUUAUAAUGUUGUUGAGCCAGCGGAUGGACAUGUACAAAUAUUGAUAAAACCUGAGACUGCUCAGAUAAGGCCUCAUGUUGUCGGCGCUAUUCUUCGGAAUAUUAAAUUCACAGAAAGAAGUUAUAAUAACUUUAUUGAUCUGCAAGAUAAAUUGCACAACAAUAUUUGCAGAAAGCGAACCUUGGUCGCAAUUGGAACUCAUGAUUUUGACACGAUUAAAGGACCUUUUACUUAUGAGGCUCUUCCACCAAAAGAGAUAAAGUUUGUACCGUUAAACCAGACAAAAGAGUUGGAUGGGGAAGAAUUGAUGAAUUUUUAUACGACCGAUAAACAUCUCGGAAAAUUUCUUCACAUAAUCCGUGAUUCACCUGUUUAUCCUGUCAUCUAUGAUGCAAACCGAAAAGUUUGUUCUUUACCACCAAUAAUUAAUGGUGAUCUUUCAAAGAUUACAUUGAAUACGAAAAAUGUAUUCAUUGAAUGUACAGCAACUGAUUUGACAAAAGCUAAAAUUGUUUUAAACACUGUUGUAACAAUGUUUUCUGAGUAUUGUGAGCAGCCAUUCACUGCAGAACCUGUUAAGGUCAUAUAUCCUGAUGGUACUGAGCAUAUUUAUCCAGAUCUUUCACCUCGUACUAUGACAGUUAAAGCUGAUUAUAUUAAUGCUUGUACGGGGUUAAACCUUGAAACUUCAGAAAUAGCAACACUCUUAAAACGUAUGUCACUUUCGAUUAAAGCUAUAAACGAAAAAGCUGAAAUAUUGGUUGAAGUUCCACCAACUAGAGCAGAUGUUUUGCAUGCAUGUGAUAUAAUGGAAGAUGCUGCUAUUGCAUAUGGGUUUAAUAACAUUCCAAAGACUUUACCAGCUUGCGCAACAGUAGGUAAACAAUUGCCUAUUAACAAAUUAAGUGACUUGGUAAGAAAAGAAAUAGCGUUGGCAGGUUGGACGGAAGUUUUACCGUUGAUUUUGUGUUCACACGACGAAAAUUUCGCAUACUUGAACAAAAAAGAUGACAAUCUUACUGCAGUGAAAUUAUCAAAUCCUAAAACGGCGGAAUAUCAAGUCGUUCGUACUUCACUCUUGCCAGGUGUAUUGAAAACUGUGAGAGAAAACAAAAAACACACAUUGCCAAUUAAAGUUUUUGAAGUAUCCGAUGUCGUUUUCAAAGAUAAUUCCUUUGAAAGGCUAACAAGAAAUGAAAGACAUGUAUGUGCAAUUUAUUGUAAUAAAGUGUCUGGAUUUGAGUUUAUUCAUGGGCUUCUUAAUCGCAUUAUGGAUAUGCUUGGUGUGAAACUUGUUUCGGCUUCAGAUAACAAAAAAGGAUAUUUUAUAAAGGAAUCUGAUG